GCUUCCACUCCCGCCCGCCCCGCCGUCGCGAUGCACAAGACGGCUCAGGCCUGGUUCACCGGCGGGACCGCCGCCUCCUCCGGCGCCGCUGCCGAGUCGCAGCCGUCCCUGCUCGCUGACUGGAACUCGUACGCCGCCACCCGCUCCGACGCCUCCUCCUCCUCCCCGCUCCCCUUCGACAUCGAAGCCGCCGUCCGCUCCGCCAACGACACCGUCUCCGGCACCUUAAGCUCGGUGACCAAGGGCGUGCGGGAGCUGCCGGGGAGCUUCCAGAGCGCCACCAGCAGCUUCCCCUCCGGAAAGGCUCUCAUGUACUUCGGCCUCUUCCUCGCCACCGGCAUCUUCUUCGUCUUCAUCGCCUUCGCGCUCUUCCUCCCCGUCAUGGUGCUCAUGCCACAGAAGUUCGCCAUCUCCUUCACGCUCGGGUGCGCGCUCAUCAUUGCCUCGCUCUUCGCGCUUAAGGGGCCAGCCAACCAGCUCGCCCACAUGACUUCCAAGGAGAGGCUACCGUUUUCAGUUGGAUUUAUUGGAUGCAUGGUCGGUACAAUUUAUGUUUCUAUGGUGCUUCACAGCUAUUUCCUCUCUGUGAUCUUCUCAGUCCUUCAGGUUCUGGCCCUUGCAUAUUACACCAUAUCCUACUUCCCUGGAGGAUCUAGUGGACUGAAAUUCAUCUCGUCUGGUCUCUUGUCCUCGGCAACAAGCUGUUUUGGUCGAUGACCUUCCUUUGUCAAUUGUCAUACAUUUAUUUGAUCAUACCAUGUUAUCGCUUUAAGAUUUUUGUAUGUAGCUGCUGAUCAUCCCUUUGAGGCUUUGUUUGGUACUCUAGUAUUGACUCUAAUCCUCAUGUGUUGAGGUGGAUUGAUGUGUAAAUUAGUUUAUGUUACACCUCAAUCCACCUCAAUACAUGUGGAUUUUGGUCAAUACUAGAGUACCCAAACUAGGUCUGAUAGAGAUUCCAUGGUGUUUCCUCUCCUGUUUGUUUGUCUAGACUUGGACUGGUGUUGAAUAUAUAGAUUAUAGUGUGGAAAUGAUUC